GUCAUCUAAAAUGUAGCAACUACCAACAUCUUGCAUACCCGAUGCCAUGACUACCGUUUCUGAACUAAUCAAUUGUUUAUGGAAGGCCCCUCCUUACCCUGCCAUCCGACUCCAUAAAGAUCGGACGCAUCCCGCAAACUUCGUUUAUUACAAAUCCUGGGGAUUCAACAUAUACCGCACCUACUAUGGCAAAGGGUCUGACAAGCAUUGGGCAAUGCUACUGGAUGCGCUGAAACGACAGACGUACCUUGCCCUCCGUGACCUUGAAGAGGAUAGGGAGUAUGAGCUUGAUAAUAGGCGGCGCAUUCAUCAUCACCAGAACAAACAACAGUAUAUGGAAGACCUGGAAAUAUUUAGGAAGCUGUUCCAUCUCGAGGCUCGAGAAGGUCCUGAACUUGAAGGUCUUGAUAUAUAUCAAGUUCGGGAAAUAUCCGCUGAGGAAAACAAGGAAGGGAAGGUCAUAACAGUGGGGGGGCGCGUCCAAUACGUACUUGUUGCAGACGAAGCUGUCUUGAGGAAUAUCGCCGAGGGCGAAUUCGUUGUGAAAGCAGUUGCUUAUAAGUGGGAUAGGUCUAUGAAUUGGGGCUGGAUGAGAAUACCGACUGGCUACUUGUUUGAGUUUUGGCAAUCACUUGUGCUAUGCGAUAGGAUGGAUCGAGAUAUUAUAUGGUUCCUCGGACCUGAGGAAGAACUAGAAAGAUGCAUCUGGCCAGGAGAAGACUCGCUGGAAGCAACUAGUUGUUGUUCUGAAGUACGACCACUAUACUACCACUAUAGUGGUCAAGCCCUUUGGGUCGAGAUUGAAACUGAGAUUCAAAAGCUUCGAAUAGCCCGCACAGCGGAGAUGCGGGGAAUACAAAGAGAGCUAAGUUCUAAGUUCUGUCUGCCGGACUAAGCUCUCGCCACAAGUCUCAACUGCAAAUAA